AUGGCCGGUCCCGGGCCCUCCGGCUCCCUUCUGGACCUGCCCGCCUCGGUCAUGUGUCGCUUCUAUGAGAUAAUGGACGCCCUCGGCCGGGCCGACUGGGAGCGCUUCGCCUCCAGGAUCGUGCGGAAUCAGGUGGAGCUGCGUCUCUAUGAGAAGUCGGAGGGGCGGACGCAGAACGUCAUGUGGGCCUGGAUGAAUCGCAACGCGCGCGUCGCCGACCUGCUCCAGAUCCUCGAGGACUUGCAGCUUUAUCUGGCCCGUGAUGUCAUCGCCUCGUGGACCGCACCAGCACACUCCCCAAAGCCCUGCCUGUUGCUUCCUCGCCUUCUGUCUGCCUCCUGUGAUCCCCCACCCUCUCCACGCAUCCCGGAUCCUGGUGGGGAGGGCAGCGGGGUGAAGACUCCUGCGUGGGAGCCCCAGAAGGGAACGCCCCCACCUGCUGCAGCAUUUUCAGUAGCCUUUUCAGAAUAUUUUGUGUACUGGGGUGUGUGUGCGUUUUGUUUCUCUGCCACUGUCCCUUGGCAUGCCAUACUGAAAUGCUUGUUUUGUUCUCCCUGGCAUAAUGGCAUUCCUGUUCAUUUCUCCUUGCCUGCAGAACCCUCCUGCCCAUCACGAUCUCUGCCAGACCCCUCUCGUAGCCGCAGCAGUCCUGUCCGAAGCAGCUCACCUUUACCUCCUCCUGCCCUCCUUAAGGAACAGGCCUGUAGCUCCGUGUCCCCUGCCUGUCCAUUCUCCUGGCCUCUGAAGGAACUGCUCCAGGCUACGGGCGACUUCUCCGAGGACCUGAAGAUCGGAGAAGGCGGCUUCGGUUGCGUCUACCGGGCCCGGCUCCGCAAUACCGAGUAUGCUGUCAAACGGCUCAAGGAGGAGGCAGAACUGGACUGGACGGUGAUCAAGAACAGUUUUGUCACAGAGGUGGAGAAACUCUCACGAUUCCGCCACCCCAACAUUGUCGAGUUUGCGGGUUACUGUGUCGAAGAAGGAAACUUCUGCCUUGUCUACGUCUUCCUCCCCAAGGGCUCCUUGGAGGACUGUUUGCACGGGCAGGUGGGUCCCUGCCUUUCGUGGGCCCAGCGACUCCACGUGGCGGUGGGGACGGCUCGGGCCAUCCAGUUUUUGCACAGCGAUUCUCCCAGCCUCAUCCACGGAGACGUCAAGAGCUCUAACAUCCUCCUGGACGCGGCGCUCAACCCUCGCCUGGCCGACUUUGGACUUGCGCGAUUCAGCCGCCGGCUGAAGCAAGGAGAACACAGCACCACACUGGGCUGGACCCAGACGGUGCGGGGCACACUAGCGUACCUGCCCAUCGAGUACAUCCGGACCGGGACGCUUUCCACGGCCAUUGACGUCUUCAGUUUUGGCGUGGUACUACUGGAAAUCUUAACUGGGAGGCAACCCAUGGAGGUAGAUUCAGAGGGACGCAGCUUGUACUUGAAAGAGCUGCCGAACAAAGAAGAGGAGCAGAAAGCCCUGCCGGUGUCCGCCAUGACGGCGUCGGGCUCCUCCCAAGACACUCAGCUCGGCGCCCAUCUCCACCAUUGGCACACGGACCCACGGGCAGGGCCCUGUCCGGAGCAGCUGGGCACGGCGAUCAGGCAGUUGGCCUACCGUUGCCUAAACCGGCGGGGCAAGCACCGCCCUGCAAUGGCCAAGGUGUACCAAGAGCUGGAGCAGCUGCAGCUGUCCUUGUACGGGGAGUCGGCUUCGCCUCUGCUGCUGGCGGGGCAGCUCCCCGCCCCCCAGGAGAGCUCCUACCCCUCCCGGCCUCUCAACCAGCCCGAAGAGAGUGACGAAAGCCUGGACCUGGAGCUGCGGAGCUGUGGGAGCGGAUCCCUGGAGAGAGCUGCGAUGAGCCCCCCAGGCUACUCUGCCCCUCAGAUCGUCAUCAACCCGGCACGGAGGCGCAUGAUGGAGCGGCUGGCACGCUACGCCGACGGGGCCCUUGACAGCGUGGGCCUACUCGCCUCUCUCUCCUUGCGGGAAGAGCAGCGCCCUACCCGUCCUUCUCACGAGCCGGAGGAGAGUGACGAAUUUGAGGCCUGA